CACAGCAGCAGGUGGUGGUGUGUUGCUGUUGCAACUCUUUGCAAAAAAAAAAAAAGGUGACAGCUCAGUCUAUCCUCACCCAAUGCAGAGCCUCUCUCACACUCACAAGGGGGAGUUGCAAUAAUCCCAGAGAUCUGCUACCUCUCAAGUGAAUCCAGGAAUUUAUCAAACUGCUCUCUACCCAAUGAGAACAGAGGAGCUAGAGGCAAAGGAACAACUCACAUCAUCACUGCCUCCAAAAACUCAAGACCUGUCCAUUCCAGCAUCAUCCAAAACCUCUGGAUUUAUCCCAUUUCAAUACUCCAGAGACAGAAAUCAGCCAAAUAUUCAGGAAACCUCUUUAUUCCAAAUCACAGCUGCUAAAGAUGUUCUUUUCGAGGUUCUUCAGAUGAUCAGCCCAAAUUGUGAAAUCGUUACCUGCAUGAGAGUCUGGAUUCUGCUUGCUGUGUAUUCUCCCUGUUCGGUAAAAACGUUUUUUUUGGAGAUUCUAGAAUGAGUUUAGCUCUGGAUGAAGAAGCUGCUCUCAGGAUCAAUUCUAAACCAUCUCCUUCAGGAUUAAGGCAUUGCCAUAGGACAGUAGCUUCCUCAGAAAGCCUUCAAGCAAACCCCAGAAUGUGUUUUGCAUAUGUUCUAAUCUUGCUUAUCCUCACUCCAAGAGUUGACUCUUCCUGGUGGUACAUCGGAGCACUGGGAGCAAGGGUGAUCUGUAAUAACAUCCCAGGAUUGGUUAACAAGCAGAAACAGCUGUGUCAAAAGCACCCUGACAUCAUGCAAGCUAUUGGCGAGGGGGCAAAGGAGUGGAUCAAGGAGUGUCAGCAUCAAUUCAGGCAUUAUCGUUGGAACUGCAGCACUCUGGACAGAGACCAAACAGUCUUUGGGAGAGUCAUGUUAAGAAGUAGCCGAGAAACAGCCUUUGUCUAUGCUAUUUCCUAUGCUGGAGUGGUUUAUGCUAUUACCCGAGCCUGUAGCCAAGGGGAACUUAAGUCUUGCAGUUGUGAUCCCAAGAAACGGGGACGUUACAAGGACGAAAGAGGGGAGUUUGACUGGGGAGGCUGCAGUGACAAUAUUGACUUUGGGAUUGAAUUUGCCAAAGAUUUUGUGGACGCCGAAGAAAGAAAAGUUAAAGAUGCAAGGGCCUUAAUGAACCUUCACAACAAUCGUUGUGGAAGAAUGGCAGUUAAACGUUUUAUGAAGCUUGAAUGUAAGUGCCACGGGGUCAGUGGGUCAUGUACAUUAAGGACUUGUUGGCGUGCUAUGUCAGACUUCCGAAAAACAGGGGACUAUCUCAGAAGAAAAUAUAAUGGUGCAAUCCAGGUUACCAUGAAUCAAGAUGGCAGUGGUUUCACAGUGGCCAAUCAGAACUUCAGAAAACCCACCAAAAAGGACUUAGUCUAUUUCGAAAACUCCCCUGAUUACUGUGUGAUGGACAAGUCUGCAGGUUCAUUGGGCACUGCCGGCAGGGUAUGUGAUAAGGUCUCUCGGGGAACAGAUGGCUGCGAGGUCAUGUGCUGUGGACGUGGGUAUGACACUACCCGUGUCACUCGUAUCACAAAAUGCGAGUGUAAAUUCCAUUGGUGUUGUGCAGUCCGUUGCAAGGAGUGUGAGGAAACAGUAGAUGUUCAUACGUGUAAGGCACCAAAGAGGGCAGAGUGGCUGGACCAGACUUGAAGCAGCAGAAACUGCCACAUUGGACUAAAAGUCGUGGGCUCCGCGGGAUUCUGGGUGCAAGUGUAGUCUGACUGCAUGGCUUCUUAUUUAAGUAAUUCUGCAAGACACUAAAGACAGGACUACACUUCCCAGGAUGCAGUGCGGACCCUCUGACAAAGGCCAGGAAAGAACCAAACCUUUCUGUAAGAGACAUUUGAAAUAAAUUAAGUGGUUCUCAAAUUGUGGUUCCUGGUCUACUGGUGGCACACCACAGACAUUAAAUUGAAAACUCAAAGCUCUCCUGCAGUGUGUGGCUUUUUUUCUAUCACUAAUGGGGACUAGUCCUUAUAUGCAAGUGCUUUUGAAAGAUAUGCUACAGCUAUACAUAAAUAUAUCGAUGAAAGAACACAAACAAGUAAGCUAUUGUGGCACCUAUUUAUCUGCAACAUCUGAGUCUCAAUAAGGAAAUUAGAGGAACCAUCUGCAAACAGGGAUGAAGAACUUUUUUCUGUUUACUGAUGUCACCACCCCAAAAGGACAGGUCACCUACUGCUACACAAGAAAACAUCUAAACAACUUGUGCACAUUGUUUUUUUUUUAUGUUUAUACUUCGUGUCAUUUCAUCUCUUUCAGAAGAAAAAAUAAAUAACCAGAAUCUUA